GGGCAGAAGGGGGCGGAGCUUCUGACUUCCCUGCACGGAGCAGCAGGUUAAACUUUCCGCUGUUCAACACAACAGCCAAAGAAUGAAAUGUUUGAGCGCUGUUUCUGACGACGUUCUCCCCGCAAGAUUCAAAAUAACAAACCCUUACAGAGCAGCCUAGACUAGGAUUUGGUACUGAGCCAGUGCAUGUAAAGCACGGAAAUCUGGUCACGUGUGCCUAUUGUGUGGGGGAAAAGAUGGGCGUCGGCCAACCUCCUCAUCUAAUAUUCAGCCUUGAGUGAAGGGGGAUGCUCAGCGUCAGCCCGGCACUGCUUGUUGAUUCUGUUUGGGGGUGAACAAGGGAUAAAGGUUGGUCUUGUUGACUCGUCAAAUAAAAAUAAGCCUCGCUCUACACCAAGCGGUGGACAGGUGGUUAGCUGUCAGCCAUGGAAACCCCCACCUCUCUGAAGAUGACCUCUCUGGCCAUCCAGAGCCUUUUCAGCUACGUGGAGGAGGAGAACCUGGCCGCCAUCAAAGAACACUUGGACAAGUUCAAAGACGUGGAUAGCCGGAGUGAUAAUGGACAGACUCCCCUGAUGGUGGCAGCAGAGCAGGGAAAUCUGGAGAUAGUGCAGGAGCUCAUUCGGAGAGGCGCCAACGUUAACUUGGAUGAUAUCGACUGCUGGACCUCGUUGAUCUCGGCAGCGAAGGAGGGCCACACGGAGGUGGUGAAGGAGCUGCUGGAGAACAACGCUAACCUGGAACAUCGAGACAUGGGAGGUUGGACCGCUGUCAUGUGGGGAGCCUAUAAAGGUUGUACAGAUGUGGUCCAGCUGCUCUUGGAAAAAGGAGCAAACCCGAACAUAACUGGUCAGUACAGCGUCUACCCCAUUAUCUGGGCGGCGGGUCGAGGCCAUGCAGAAAUUGUCCAUCUCCUGCUGCAGCAUGGAGCCAAGGUCAACUGCUCUGACAAGUAUGGUACCACUCCGUUGAUCUGGGCAGCCAGGAAGGGCCACUAUGACAGUGUAAUGCACCUUCUGGCCAACGGGGCCGACGUGGACCAAGAAGGAGCGAACUCGAUGACUGCUCUGAUUGUGGGAGUGAAAGGGGGCUACACAGAGGUCGUGAAGGAGCUGCUGAAGAGAAACCCCAACGUCAACAUGACGGACAAGGACGGCAACACGGCCCUGGCCAUUGCUGCCAAGGAGGGUCACACCGAGAUCGUACAGGACCUGCUGGACGCCGGCACCUAUGUCAAUAUCCUCGACAGGAGUGGGGAGACAAUGCUGAUUGGAGCAGUGAGAGGAGGUCAUGUGGAGAUAGUCCGAGCUCUGCUGAACAAAUACGCUGAUAUCGACGUCAGGGGCCAGGAUGGGAAGUCUGCCCUCUACUGGGCAGUGGAGAAAGGCCACGCCACCAUGGUGAGGGACAUCCUGCAGUGUAACCCUGACACCGAGAGCUGCACUAAGGAGGGAGAGACCCCACUCAUCAAAGCCACAAAAAUGAGGAACAUAGAGAUAGUGGAGCUCCUGCUGGAUAAAGGAGCUAAAGUGUCUGCAGUGGAAAAAAAAGGAGACACACCCCUCCACAUUGCCAUUCGAGGGCGCAGCCGAAAGUUGGCGGAGCUGCUGCUAAGGAACCCUAAAGAUGGCCGCCUGCUUUACCGCCCAAACAAAGCUGGAGAGACACCGUACAACAUUGACUGUACCCAUCAGAAAAGCAUCCUCACACAGAUAUUUGGAGCCAAGCACCUCUCCCCCUCUGAGUCUGACGGAGACAUGUUGGGUUACGACCUAUACAGCAGUGCCCUAGCAGACAUCCUUAGUGAGCCCACCAUGCAGCCACCUAUCUGUGUUGGCCUUUACGCCCAGUGGGGCAGCGGCAAGUCUUUUCUUCUGAAGAAACUGGAGGAUGAGAUGAAGACUUUUGCCGGACAGCAGAUAGAGCCCCUGUUCGAGUUCUCUUGGCUGGUGGUCUUUCUCACCCUGCUGCUCUGCGGCUCUUUGGCCGUGGUUCUGGGCUUCACUGUUGAUCCCAAGCUGGCCAUAGCCGUCUCCCUCAGCCUCCUCGCCCUACUCUACAUCUUCUUUGUGUUGGUGUACUUUGGAAGUCGGCGGGAGAGGGAGAGCUGGAACUGGGCGUGGGUCAUCAGCACCCGUUUGGCUCGCCAGGUCGGUUACCUGGAGCUGCUGCUCAAACUGAUGUUUGUCAAUCCCCCUGAACUGCCCGAGCAGACCACCCGUGCGCUGCCCGUUAGGUUCCUGUUCACCGACUACAAUCGCUUGUCCAGUGUUGGAGGGGAGACCUCCAUGGCUGAGAUGAUUGCCACGCUCUCUGAUGCCUGUGAGAGGGAGUUUGGCUUCAUGGCCACCAGACUGUUCAGGGUUUUCAAGAGAGAUGAGAUCCAAGGUAAGAAAUGGAAGAAAACAUGUUGUGUUCCCUCGUUCGUGCUGUUUGUCUUGACGCUGGGAUGCCUGAUCGCUGGUACGGCCCUGUUGGCUAUCUUUAAGAUGGACCGGAAUAAUUUGACAAUAAAUGCAGUGCUGAUAGCCAUGGCCAGUGUGGUGGCCCUGGCCUUACUGCUCAACUGCAGGACCUGGUGGCAGGUGGCCGACUCCGUCCUCAACUCUCAGAGGAAACGGCUGCACAGUGCUGCCGACAACUUGCAUCGACUCAAGAGUGAAGGAUUUAUGAAGGUUCUGAAGCAUGAAGUGGAGCUAAUGUCCAAAAUGGCCAAGACCAUUGAUGGUUUUACCCAGAACCAGACACGCAUGGCGGUCAUCAUUGACGGACUGGACGCCUGUGAGCAGGACAAAGUUCUCCAGAUGCUGGACACGGUGAGGGUCCUCUUCUCCAAAGGCCCUUUUAUCUCCAUCUUUGCCAGCGACCCCCACAUUAUCAUCAAAGCUAUCAACCAAAACCUCAACAGUGUGCUGAGGGACUCCAACAUCAACGGACAUGACUACAUGAGGAACAUCGUCCACCUCCCGGUAUUCCUCAACAGCAGAGGUCUCAGCACGGCCAAAAAGCUCUGCCUGGCCGCGCCCGUCAAUGGAGAGACCUUUCCCGCCGAAGGAUGGCACGAAGACAUGGACAGGAAGAUAUCUCAGAGCAGCGUGCCCCAAGACCAGGCCAAGUGUGGCAGCAAGAACGCCCUAAACCGCAGGGACACGUACCGGCGUCGGCAGAUGCAGAGAACCGUCACCAGGCAGAUGUCCUUCGACCUGACCAAGCUGCUGGUGACUGAGGACUGGUUUAGUGACAUCAGCCCACAGACCAUGAGGAGGCUGCUCAACAUUGUUUCUAUCACAGGCCGUCUGCUGCGGGCCAAUCAGAUCAUCUUCAACUGGGAUCGGCUGGCGUCAUGGAUCAACCUGACGGAGGAGUGGCCUUACAGGACAUCGUGGAUCAUCCUCUUUUUGGAAGAGACCGACGGAGUGUCUGACCAGACAGCUCUCAAGUCAAUAUACGAGAGAAUCUCCAAGAACAUCCCCACCACGAAGGACGUGGAGCCGCUGCUGGAGAUUGACGGAGACAUCCGCAGCUUUGAGGUCUUCCUGUCCUCCAGGACGCCGGUUCUCGCCGCCAGAGAUGUGGAGAUGUUCCUGCCCUGCACCGUCAACCUGGACCCCAAACUCAGGGAGAUCAUAGCAGAUGUGCGAGCGGCCAGGGAGCAGAUGCACAUGGGAGGGGUGACCUAUCCCACGCUGCCCCUGCAAGAGGCAGUGCCCCGCCCCCAGUCCGGCUACGGCCAGCCGUCUGCCGCCUGCUCCCCAGUGGGCUCCUUCACCGGAUCUCUGCCUCCUCAGCCUCACAGUGCCUACUUCAGUGGGAUAACUGGCGCUCAGCACCCCUUUUACAACCGGCCUUAUUUCCCCCAUCAUGUGUAUCACCUACCACGGCCUUUCUCCCACCAUGUCCCCUCAUCCUCGCGCCCCUUCAUUAAACCACCCGGUCAACCUAAGGACAACACCAGUGGACUUGAUGUUAUUGCAGAGGAUGCCAGAGAAGGCCUCCCCUCCUGCCCCUCUGAACCUGCCAUGCAUUUAAAGUCGCUGCCUUACAAAUUAAAGCAGGGCUCUCCUGCGGUUCUGCUCAGCGCCAUGAACACAACUGCAGUGUGUGAGCGUCUGAGACAGCUAGAUGGAAUCGACCCCAGCAUGCUGCCUCAGUACUCGUCCACCAUCAAGAAGGCUAAUAUAAAUGGAAGAGUGCUGUCUCAGUGCAACAUUGAUGAGCUGAAGAAAGAGAUGGAGAUGAACUUUGGCGAUUGGCAGCUCUUCAGGGGAACGGUGCUGGAACUGCGUCACUCCGAAACCCAGACCAUGCUUCAAGACGAGUGCCGAGCUGCUAGCGAACAGGACAGCAGCUCGCACAACGGGGAGCCCAGCAGACGCUCAGGGGGGGCCCAGCAUGAAGCGGCAGCCUUCAGCCUGAAUCUCAGCUUCGAGGAGCUCAGCGGAGCCGGGCUGGACGAACCUCCGAGGCACAGCAACAACUCCCACUGGCCGGCGACUAAUCUCCGCACCUUAAGCAUGUCCAGCCUCAACUCUCAGGAAUCCUCCAAUGAUAUCUGCAAGCUGACGGACAAGCAGCAGGCCGAGUACCACGAUGCCUACAAGGAGUACAUCGCUCAGAUGGCGCAGGUGGAGAUGUCCGGCGGCGGCGGAGAGAGGCCCGUGCAGCCCCACCCGGGACAAUUUCUUCAAGCUGCCAGCUCAGAGGACAAAGGGGCCAAGGAAGGAGCUGACCAAGACAGCCGCAAAUCCUUCACCAAGAGAGGCUCCAAGCCUAGUGAUGCCGCAGACUUCCCUUCAGGGGCCGAUGCCCAGCCUCUAGACCCCAUCAGUGAAGAGGAUGAGAAGCUUGACCACAGCACAUUGUCCAGGAUUUCAGGCUUCAGGAAGAAGGUGGGCGGGUCAUUGUACCACAAGCUGCCCAACGAUGAAGACUCCAGCCCCGAGGAGGCCGACAACACAACACCUCUCCUCCGCAAAGAGGCUACAGCUGGUGCUCUGGGCUCCUACAGCAGCUCCCAGCCCGCUGGCCUCCUGCCCAAGCCCGGCUUCCUCACCGAAAUCCUCCUGGAUAAGAAGGACUCGUCCGACUCAGGGAUGCGCUCCAGUGACAGCUCCUCCGACCGCUCCCUCGAGGAGGCUGAAGGGGACGCCGACGGAGAGAGGGAGCCACUGAAGCCCAGCCUGAUUGAACUGGAGCUGGAGGGUCUGGUGAAGAAGCGAGGCCUCCUCCCCAGCAGCCUGCAGGACGCGGCGGUGGUGCGCAUGUCCAUCUGCUCCGAGGCAGCGUCCGAGGCCAGCCUCAUGGCCAGCAGCCCCGAUGAGGGGUGGCCGUCUCACGGGGUCGGCAACCUCAACUGCUCCACCGGCAUCGGCACCUUCAACGACAACGCAAACAGCCCCGACAACACCGACAACGGGCCCCAGCAGCCGCUCAACAUCACAGGCAUGGACUCCACCUCCACGUCGCCAGCUGUCAUCAUCACCCCCGGCAGCGGCAGCACUGCCAACACCACCACCACCGCAGCCAUCCACAACCAGAACCUGCGCACCAUCAGCCUGGGGGACGAGACGGAGAGCGUCCUCUGAUGAGCUGACGGCCGGUCUGAAAGCGGCCGAGGAGACGAUGUCGUUAUAGAGUUGGUGUUUGUGUUGUACUGUCAGGAACAGUGGUGCUGUGAAUCAAGAGUAGAUCAUUCGAAGGCUUUACUUAGUUUAAAAAAAAAAAAUGUAAACAAUGAAGAAUAGACGAAUGAAUAGGUAGCAAAAAUACUUCUGUCAGAUCAAAUUGGGAUUGCUUUUAACUGUCCCAUGCAUUUGGAGAAUUUUAGUGAGUUCUUUGUUGUGAGAAUCAAUCUAGUGUAGCCUUGUAGUCUUGUGAUGACCUGUUAAAUGUUGUGGACAUGUUACAAAAAAGGCAGUCGUGACCAGAGGAGCUGGUUGUUAACCGUUGCCUUUUUUUUUUUGGUGGUUUGGUGAAUAUUUCAAUGGAUGUCAGUUUAGACAGUUGUGCAGUGUGUUGUUGGCAACGUCUGUGAUGGAUGAAGUGCAUGCACUAGUGCUGAUGUAUUUUCAAUAGGUCCUUCUGAAAAGGCAUUCACUUCAAUAAACAUUUUGCUAUGUGGCCCUUUGAAACGAGUCUGUUUUUUCUUCUUUUCUUCAUGCAGGGAAGUGCGCUCUUGGUAGAGCGGAGCCUCAGUGGACUUAGAAUCCGCUUGUGAAUACACCGGCAUACUUAAAACCAAGAGUCUUCUGGGUUAGGGUUUUAAUAUUUUACCAAAUGCGGUUCGGAAGAACGGAGAGACGUGCGAGAGGGCGUCGCUGCCUGCGCGUCUCCUCUCCGAUAGAUGGCGCACUGUGCAUACAAACCCGCUGCAGGCUGGCGGCACGGACCCGGUCUGUCAGUCUGCAAAACUACACGAGGAUUUUAACUUAAGUUUGAAAGGAAUUCAUUUUCAUCGUGCAAAGAGUGAGUAUUCGAGAAAGAUCCCACAAAGUCGUCCCUCGGGGGCAAUUAUCAAAUAACUUGGCGGCUCUGUGGUGUGAAAAUAUGCCAGAGGCCAUGCUGCAUUUCAGGAAGGAGAUGAGUGACAGUUGGCGGUUAAAACAGCCAAACCUCUGAUUCAACCUUUUAAAAUACAGCGCGCACUGCAAAAUUUCACCUUCGGACAUUCGAUCGCUUUGAAUUGAUCACCCGAUUGAUGAAUGAUCCAAACGAUACAUCGCACCAUGGCUUAGAGCAG